AUGAACGUCAUCAAGCUGCAGCGCAAGUACCCCAACUUCUCUCAAGAGGAGAUGAUGGGCCUCGUCAAUCAAUUCAAGUGAGUGUUUCAAGCUGAGUCGAAGCACUCCACUCGAUCUUCCAUUCGAUGCCAUCUACACGACAAGUCAAGCUCGAUCGAUCCCGUCCGGCCGACCGCCGAGAGGCCGAGCCUGUCCACUGCACGCUCGGCCAAGCGAAUCGUGCACAAAGAUGGACCUUCCGAGGGAAGAUGAGGCCGGAGGCAAGAGUGUGCCGUCCAGCAGCAUAAUGGUUCCGACCCACUGGCGCACGACGAGCACGGGCGGACUGACGGGACUGUGUCGUCAUCGAACCGAACGGCUCGUGAUUCAUCCCGGCCGUCGAGUUGUUUCCGGCUGACUCAAGCCUCUGGGGUCUGUGUGUCUGCAGCACCAUCGAUCUCGACUCGACGGGUCGUUUGCCCAAGUCGACCGUUCUGACUUCCUUGUCCUCGGGCGCCUCGUCGUCAUCCGCCGCCGGCAAGUACACCUACGACCAAGUCCGCGAGACACUCAAGCAGGUCAACCUCGAUUCUUCGGGAGCGGUCGAGCUCGACGACUUUGUGGAUCUCGUCUCGAAGUUGCGAGAAGGUGCAGGAGCGGGAGCAGGUCAGGUCUUGAGGGGCGGCGCGUUGAGCGGACUGAUCGGGGCCAACUCGGGAACAAAAGCUGCUGUCGGCGCUGGUCCCAUCGGCGCUGGGGGAGGUGCUGGCUCGACUGGGGGUGGUGGAAAGGUGCUCGUUCAGGGAUCCAACACCAACAUCACCCACUCGAUCAACGAGGACGAACGAACCGAGUUCACGAGGCACAUCAACCAGGUCAGAAGAUCCUGAUCGUCGCUGAAUGACCAGCAGGGGUCGGCAUGAGCUGACUGCGAAUUGUGUACGAUUUUCGCGUAUGGUCUAGGUCCUUGCUGGAGAUGCCGAUAUUGGAUCGAGGCUGCCCAUCCCCACCGACACGAUGCAAAUCUUCGACGAGUGCCGAGGUAGGUCGAGCUCCCACUUUUCACCACGACCCCUCCUCGGGCUGAUACUUCAAAAUGUAACAUAACCACAGAUGGUCUCAUUCUCUCCAAAUUGAUCAACGACUCGGUCCCCGACACGAUCGAUGAGCGUGUGCUCAACAAGCCCAAGGCAGCUAAGAAGGCGCCGUCGGCCAUGCCCGCACCUUCGGGAGGAGCGGCUAAAUCCAUCAACGCCUUCCAGAUGACCGAAAACAACAACCUUGUCAUCUCUUCUUCGAAAGCGCUCGGCUUGUCCGUCGUCAACAUCGGUGCCUCGGACUUGGUCGAAGGUCGCGAACACCUCAUCCUCGGUCUUAUUUGGCAGAUCAUCCGCAAAGGUCUCCUCAACAAGAUCGACAUCAAGCUCCACCCCGAGCUGUAUCGACUCCUUGAGGAUGAUGAGACCCUGGAGCAAUUCCUACGCUUGCCCCCAGACCAAAUCUUACUGCGAUGGUUCAACUAUCAUCUGAAGGCGGCGAACUGGCCUCGACGGUGAGUGCGAUAUGGCGAGGAAGAUAUUCGCACUCUAGCAACGAUUGAUUCUAGAGAUAUCCACCCACCACAUGCAGAGUCACCAACUUUUCGAAGGACGUCUCGGAUGGAGAGAACUACACCGUACUGUUGAAUCAGCUCAAGCCCGAGUCCUGCUCUCGUGCACCUUUACAGGAGCGAGAUUUGCACAACCGUGCCGAGCAGGUGAGCAAUUGUAGCAUCAUGUGGGGUGUUCACGUUUCGUGAGGAUUCCCAGAUCUCAUGCACUCGCUCUGUCGUUGCAGGUCUUGCAAAACGCCGAUGCGAUUGGCUGCCGCAAAUACUUGACAGCGAGCUCGCUCGUUGCCGGGAACGCCAAGCUCAACCUGGCUUUCGUCGCCAACCUGUUCAACACUUGGCCGUGCCUUGAACCUCUCGAGGAGAACGAGCGACCCGUCAUUGAGGACUUUGAUGCCGAAGGAGAGCGCGAAGCCCGCGUGUUCACGCUCUGGCUCAACUCGCUUGAUGUCGACCCGGGAGUGUAUGAUUUGUUCGAGGAUCUUAGGGUGGGUCGGUGCCACUGGUGUUCCAUGGUUAUAAGCGAGUUGAUCUGAUCGUGUCCUUCGACCUUGCCCCCCAGGAUGGUUUGGUCCUACUCCAAGCGUUCGACAAGGUCAUCCCCGGCUCGGUGGUCUGGCGCCGUGUUGCCAAGACACCGCUUCCUCUUUCGCGAUUCAAGGCCGUCGAGAACACCAACUAUGCUGUCGACCUCGCCAAGGCGAACAGGAUGCAGAUGGUCGGCAUUCAAGGCUCGGAUCUUGUCGAUGGUUCUCGCACGCUCACGCUCGGCCUGGUCUGGCAAAUGAUGCGCCGCAACAUCCUCGCCACGAUAGCCAGUCUCAGCAAGGGUGGUCGCGAGAUCACAGACAGUGAUAUCGUCAAAUGGGCGAACGACCAAGUUGCCAAGGGAGGCAAGCGAUCGACCAUGCGCAACUUUAAGGACCCGAGCUUGAAGACCGGUCACUUCUUUCUCGAUCUGUUGGACUCGCUCAAGCCCGGCUACGUCGACUACACACUCGUGUACGAGGGCAGGAACGAAGAGGAGUGCAAGGCAAAUGGUAAGAUUAGGUGAAUCUUUCCCUUCCUUUCAGGUAGAGUCUGACCUGGACGUGGUUCUCCGUAUAGCCAAACUUGCGAUUAGUAUCGCCCGGAAGCUCGGUAAGUUGCUGUUGGGGCUGCGUGGGUGCGCUCUCGGUAACGCUGACGCUAGUCUCUUUGCGUGCGCGCAGGCUCCCUCAUCUUUAUCGUUGCCGAGGACAUUGUGGAAGUCCGACCGCGUCUCAUCCUGACGUUCACGGCCGCGCUGAGUAAGCCGACUUGACCCGACGCCCCGUGAGCAGCUUGGCUGAGCCGCAUUUAUUGUCCUUUCCCCACAGUGGCUCUUCAAGGUGCUCACUGA